ACGACAUUGACUAGGUGGGCCACCCAAGCAUUUACAAAGGCGCAACCUCUUGAUCCGAAUCGUACUUUGGCUUGGAUCGGCCAGACAUUGACUGCAAUAGCAAACCGCCAUGAAGCGAGGCACAUUACUUGAGCAUGCAGUCAGCAUGACAGCAGACGUGGUAAAUACAAGCCAGCUGCCCUAUAUCUGUAUAACGUGCGGUUCAAGCCUAUGGCAGACCUGCAAUUUGCCUCGCGCGUUCUUGUCACUGUAAAUGAUUCAAAUACAGUCCGUGCACCCACUACAGAUAUCCUUUUACCUGCCUUCUUCAUCCUCGGACGCCAUUCCCAGCUCUUCUCGGCUUCGGAUGGCUGGGGCCUCCAUACCUUCGGUCUGAUUUGCGAAUGCCUUGGAAAGCUUGAACAGGAUGUAGAAUACAUAAAUUGUGCAAUUACUCUCCUAGAAACAGCGUACGAAGAGAAAGAGGACCCCAUAGUCGAAUGCCAAUUCGUCAUCGCACGCACCAAUGUCGCACGGCUUUGUCUUAGACUGCAGGGCUACGAAGGAUUGCUGACAUCUUUCGAAAACGUUCUAGGUCUACUUCCUGAAGAUGCAGGGGCAUGAAUCACAGUUUCUACGCUUGCGAUCUCAAUACGGGCCAGAGUUAGCGCCAUUCAAGAUGGGGGAUCUUCAGGCCACUAUGGUGACGCUCCAAGCUGCUUUGGAAAGCGCCCCUGACGAUCGUGUCCUUCGAGGACAGGUCACUAUUCUACUGACGCAGACAAUGUGGGCGAUUAGGAC